CAAGAAUCCUGUGACUUGACUCAAUUCGAAAACCCCUUCGUUCAAGUUGGAAUAAGGGGCAUCUGGCAAGAUGAGAGAUACUGGGGAAUCAUUGGUAGAUGAGUCUUAACUCUCUACCGCCUCUAAGCCCAACCUGGAAGGUAGUUAGUCUCGUUCUCGCAACAUAGGCUAUUUAGGGCAGGCAGUCCAUCUUCAGCUGUGCUUUCGCCUCGUCGUUCCCCCGCUUACCCGACGUGGCUGAGAGGGUUGGACUUAGGAGGUAUAGGUCGAUCAUCAGCUGGUCCGAACAACUUUGGGCUUUGUUCAGUAGUUCAGCCAGGAACUCCAUUAUAUAUAUCCUGCAUGUGGACAGAGUCGUAACCUCCUCCAGAGGCAGUAGAAUCUAGCCCAGGUAUCCAUCUACACACAGCCAGACAAUUCACAAUGCCGUACGACCUCAAAUCCACCGAGACGUGGCUCGUCUGCACGGCCUGCGGGACCCAGUUCCCCACGGCCGACCGCACUGCCGUCAAGACCUGCUUCAUCUGUGACGACCCCCGCCAGUACACCCCGCCGGCGGGCCAGUCCUUCACCACGCUGGCCGACAUCCGAGCCGCCGGGCACCGCAACGAGUUCCACUCCAUCGGCACCGGCGGCGGGGGCGCGGGGCGGCGCCUGACCAGCAUCGUGACGCAGCCCAAGCUCGCCAUCGGCCAGCGCGCCAUCCUGAUCGAGACCCCCGGCGGCAACAUCCUCUGGGACUGCCUGACCCUCCUGGACGACGCCACCGUCGCCGAGAUCACCUCCCGCGGCGGCCUCUCCGGCAUCGUCAUCUCGCACCCGCACUACUACUCCACGCACGCCGACUGGGCCGCCGCCUUCGACUGCCCCGUGUACCUGGCGGCGGAGGACCGGUCGUGGGCGGCGAUCCGGAGCCCGCGGCAGGUGUCGCUCGACGCCGUCGAGACGUCCAUCCCGGGCCGGGGCGGCGCCGAGACGGGCGUCGUGGCCGUCAAGCUUGGGGGCCACUUCCCGGGCAGCCUGGUUCUGCUGGUCGGCGGGGGCAGCAGCAGCAGCAGCCUGCUGGUCGCCGACACGCUGCUGACGACGUUCGCGGGGAUGGGCGGCUGGACGACCAACGCCGCCGGGGAGGCGAGGGCGCGACCUGCGGGGAUGAACACGUUCGCAUUCAUGUGGAGCAUCCCGAACUUUAUCCCCCUGAGUGCCGACGAGCUGGCGAGGAUGUGGGGGAUCUUGGGGAGGUACGAGUUCCGGAGCACGCACGGGGCCUUCCACGGGCAGGACAUCGAGGGUGAUGAUAUGAAAGGGCGGGUUUUGGAGAGCAUGCAGAUCCAGACGAGGUAUAUGGGGUGGGGGGAGCACCCACUUCUCCAGGAGAAGGUGUAGGUAGGGUCGCUCUAUGGUUACUGGCGCGGUGACCAAGAUUGAUAUGAACCGAAGUUGGUGAGAUCUCUGUACAGAAGCGGCAGGAAAAUAAAAAUAUAUACAAAUGCUGCUGAUGCUGUCACUGAGUUUACAGAUCAUUGCUACCCUACCCAAGUUGAAACCCG